GUAGUUGUGUCAUACAGGCGGUGUGUUGCAGCUGGAACGGAUAGAACACAUUACAACUGUAUUGAACAAUCGUUGAUCUUGGAUUUCGAGAUGGCGACGCCAGCGGAAAAAGCAGCUGCGGCCGGGUUGAAUGCUGACCUGGUGAUGCUUGAUGGGUGUGUGCAAGCAAAGUUCUUCGUGGACAGGUUAAAGAAAGUAAAGGAUCUUCCCAUCCGCGAAGAUGACAUCUUACUAUGCACAUACCCGAAGUCAGGUACACACUGGACUUGGGAGAUACUCAACAUGAUCGUGGCUGGAAAGGCUGAGUACGCGAAACACUGGCAGAACUCAGCCUGGCUGGAAUACAGGACGGAGGAAGAACUGGAGGCACUGGCAUCACCAAGGAUCCUCCACACCCACCUGCGUCCAAGCCAACUACCCGAGACAGUAUGGGACAAACGAUGUAACGUUGUGUACGUCAGGAGGAAUCCAAAGGACUGCGUGGUGUCGUCAUUCAGUCAAUUGUCCAAACAGAUCUGGAAGGACAACCCUACUGGCAAACCUAGUUAUACUGGAACCUGGGACGACUUCAUUGAUCUUUACCUAAACGGAUGCAUACCCCCAGGGCCCUAUUUCGAACACACCAUUGAAUGGACCAACAUUUCUGAAGCCAAGGAAAACUUUGAAAUGUGCAAAGUGCACUAUGAAGACAUGAAACAGGAUUGCGUUCGGGAAAUACGAAGAAUGGCAGAUUACUUUGGCCGACCACUGUCGGAUAAAACAUACCAGGACAUAUCCGAGGCAUGCUCCUUUAAGAAUCUCAAGCAUGCUAACGAGAAACUCAAAGACCAGACCUACCACUUUCAAUGGCAAGAUGAUUCAAGUGGAUACUUCAGAAAAGGCACAACUGGUGAUUGGAAGAACUGGUUGACGGUGGCCCAGAGCGAGCGUUUUGAUAGAGUAUACGAAGAAAGGUUGAAUGAAACAUUUCCCUAUUAACAUCGGUGGAAAGAAUGAAUCAUCGUUAGC